AUGGACACCAACAUGACAGACUACGCUCCAUCAACCACUCAUCUUCCCGACUCAACAGAAGACCACCAAAAGCAAGAGGCACUGGCCGCAUUCACCGCAACUCUCCGCUCAGUAGGGACCAACCUCGAGGCGCCCCUCCGCGACCGCGCCGCCAUCAUCACCGCCAACGAGGCUGCCCUGCAGCGGCAAGAAGCCGAGUUGGUAGAGCACACGGCGCAGUUGGCGCGGCAAAAUGCGCAGUGGACAGGGUGGGCGGAGGAAACAAGGGAGGGGUUGAAGGAGAUUGGGGAUGUCCAGAAUUGGGCCGAGAUGAUUGAGCGCGAUCUGUUGAUUUUGGAGGACAUGAUGGAUGGGGUGGAGAUGAGAGAGAAUGAAGAGGACGAGGGAGACGAUGAUGAUAGAGAGCAUCGGGGGCAGCGAGGUGUUUCAGAAGAAGACGAACAGAUGGGUAUGGAUGAGAUCUUACGCUUGGGAGUGGCAGGCGAUGAAGAUGGGCCAGUGCAAAAUGGGAAUGGACUCUGGCAAGGCAAAGGAAAGAAGGCGGAUGAUAGAAAGUCGUCGAGAUUUUGGUUGCGGUGGUGGUCAGGAUGA